CCCAAUCGGCUCUGCUCUGGCUGGGGCUCUAUAUAUGCCCGCCCCCCUGCCAGAAGGUAAAGGUCGUGAAACAGAGCAAGCAAAGAGCAACAGCAACAGCAAGAGAAAGAAUAUAUUACAUCCAUAGACAGCAGCUCAUUGUCUUACCGGAAGCCGAGGAACUUGCAACCAGCCAUGGGCAGAUCUGCCGGAGCUCCUCAGCCGCGCCAGGAAGACGAGGACCUGUUCGAGACCUCCUCCUCCUUCUCCUGCGACUCCGACGACGAGGCACGGUUCUCGGACGGCGAGGACCAGUUCGUGCCGGCCUCCCCGCCGGCGCGCAGGCUGGUUUCAGAGGGCGUCUACGAUCUGUCGUCGAUGAAGGCAGAGCUCUCCGUCAAGAAAGGGGGGUUGUCCAAGUACUACGACGGCAAGUCCCAGUCCUUCGCGUGCAUGUCGGAGGUGAGGUGCCUGGAGGACCUGCCCAAGAAGAGACCCUACAACAAGAAGAUGAAGCCAUGCCGGAGCCACGUCGAGAUCGACGGUGACCAGAGAGCCUGCCCCGCGCCUGGUUCUAACAACAGCAGCAAGGGAGUCGCCAAGCAGACCUCCGGGAGCUCCUGCGCGAACCUGAUGAUGGCGCGGAGUGGCAGCUCCAGCAUGCUCUACAGGCCUCCCGCCAUCCCCGUCAACAAGAGCGCCUGCCAUCAGUAGGGCUCGCGGUGCCAUUCCGCGCCUCUUCUUUGUUCCUCGAGGAUGAGGAUUUUUCUUGGCGGGUCUAUUAGCUUGUCAAAUGUAAAGAGGCUUUUGCAUCCAUGUUGUUCGGGAAGACAUUGAUUGAUUCAGUGUGUAAAUAGAGAGACCGGUUGUAUACCAAACAUUUCUUCUGAUUAACAAAGAUUAUCCGAGAUCCGAA